GGUUUCCCUUUUUCUACUUUCUUUCAUCGUACCUUCAGUUACAAUUUUGUAUUCGUACAAUUUAAAGAGUUCUUUUAUUUCUUUUGCAAAAAUAAUCCAUGUACCAGUAAAUUCGUAUGGACCAACCUCACUCAUCCCAUACAAGUCCAGCCGCAGAGUUUAUGGCUGAACAAAGAGGUGGACAGAUAAUAACUGCAUCUAUGCAAGGUACAGAUCGCCACCAGCGGCGGCGGCCAGUUAUCAGGAGAAAUUCUCAGCCUCAGCCUAUGGAAUAUCCGUCCAUGUACUCAAGUGGAGAAUCGAAUCCUUCGUAUUCUUCCAAUUGUUUCAGUUCAGAUCAGCUUCUAGCAUCUGCACUGUAUGGUUCAAGAUCAGAAUCGCCUGUAGAACGUCCAAGUAAUCCACCGCCGCCGCAUGAAUCGACCAAAAUGCCUACAUCCGAAUCCAGAAAUUUACAACCAGCGACCUUCCUCAACGACAAGAGCGGAACCUCGGUUUCAAGGCAACGGUCUUUAACUAGACCUGAACGCCAUCGUCCACGACCAGGCAUGGUGUCGGUCAUGGCCCAUUCAAUGACCAUGGAUCAAUUGAAUAACGCUGCCACGCAGACCGGUCGUGAAAACAAACAUAGAGGAGCCAUUACAUCCAACAGUGGCAUCAUCCGAAUCCCUUUGGGAGCCAUGGAUCAUGCAGAGACGAUGCAGAAACGAAAGGGUUUCAGUUUCGCCCGAUUCAGCUGGUGGGUUAUUCUCUCUCGGCUAGCAACGUGCUGCUUCCCUGGCUGUUGCUUGCGAAUAUGCCUAAAAAAGAACACCAAAAUGGUUCAACAGGCCUGGCGAGAAAAGGUCACAUUGGUUUACAUAAUCUUGUUCUGCUGUGGUGCAAUGGCAUUCCUAACAUUUGGUCUUAAGUACACCAUUUGCAGCGAUCUCGAGACUGAUUCCUACUCUUUCUACAACCAGACAACCAAACUCCGUGAACGCGUCUAUCGAGAAGACGUAGUGGUCCAUGGUCGCAUCUAUCCCUUCCCUAUCAUGCAAGCCUUUCUCAAUACCCAAAAUAUAUCCAUGUCUUCUGACUACAAGAACAUGGAUCUCACGGCCCUGUUUGAUACCGACGUGACAAAUGCUUGUGUAAAAUAUGAUGCCGGUCUAGGGUACGGUCGAGGCACUUUGGGAAAUUGCAUUGUUCCUGGUCCCUAUGGUGGAACUUUACAAAGAGGCGAUUCCAAUUGUAUUCCUUUUCGAACUCUUCACCAUUAUUAUAAGUCCAAAAGAGCCUUAGUCUACGACUGGAGAGACCUGCAGCCUAAUGGCCCAACAGCAAAUGCUGCUAACCCAGUCAAUCUCACUGUAUUGGGCGAUGGAAUUCUUAAUCUCAAUUACUACCUUUCUUCUGGACAAAAGUUCUUCGGCGACAGAGCUGACGUGGUUAUCCGUCAAGCACGAGGACAAGAUGCAUCGUACUUGUUUUCUUCUUGGAGCGAGGUUCAACAAGCAGAGGCCUGUAUGAAUUCACGUUACUACAGCGGAGUCAUAUCGAGCGAUACCAUGGGCUGCAUUAUCAGCCAGCUUAUAACCAGUCUCAUGUUUGCCAUCAUCAUUGGUCUUAUUGUCGUACGAUUUUCAAUGGCGGCUAUAUUUCACUGGUUUGUGGCUCCAAAACUUGUUAAACCAGGAGGCAGGUCAGGUAAAAUUUUAGCUUGGCGAUCCGUUGCUGGCGGAAACAACGACCCUGCCAUUCGUCGACCGCCCGUUGUCGUAUCUGAAGGAGAGCCAGAUACUCCCCCGCCUGCUUCUGUGCCUGUCAAAGUGGACCGUUCAUUUAGUACCUCAUCAGAAAACACCACCAUGUUUGAUGCUGGUAGUGUCGAUACCCAACUAUAUACUCUUAUGCUGGUCACUUGCUAUUCUGAAGGUGAAGCUUCCAUGCGACGAGCCCUAGAUUCACUGGCGAGGACAACUUAUUCGAACCGUCACAAGGUGUUUUUUAUCGUAGCUGACGGUAUGAUCACUGGAUCUGGUAAUACUCGGACCACACCAGACAUUCUUUUGUCCAUGUUAACUCUGUGCAGCGGAAUGGAAGAGCCGAAGAGAUGCACAUAUAUGGCAAUUGCUGAAGGAGGUAAACAGCUGAACAUAGCUAAAGUGUACGCAGGACAUUAUAUGUGCGACGGUCAGAUGUACCCAGCCAUCCUUAUUGUCAAAUGUGGCACAGUGGACGAGCAAAGUUCACCUAAGCCGGGUAAUCGUGGCAAGCGAGAUUCUCAGCUUAUCCUGAUGAGCUUUUUGCAACGUGUUCUGUUCAACGACCGCAUGUCUGUGCUCGAUUAUGAAAUAUUCUGGAAAAUAACUUGGCUCAUGAAAGGUAUUACACCUGAGAAAUUUGAGCUGGUGCUCAUGAUAGAUGCAGAUACAAUGGUGGCUCCAGAUUCUCUAUCUCAUAUGGUGGCCGCCAUGGUCAAUGACAUUACCGUCAUGGGACUUUGUGGGGAAACACGUAUCGCCAACAAGACCGAUAGUUGGGUCACUAUGAUACAAGUGUUUGAAUACUACAUUUCGCAUCACUAUGCAAAAGCCUUCGAAUCUGUGUUCGGUGGUGUUACUUGUUUGCCUGGAUGCUUUUGUAUGUAUCGAAUCAAAGCACCCAAGAAUGGAGCGUGGGUACCGUUGCUAGCGAAUCCAGAUAUCGUUUUAGAGUACAAUCAAAACGUCGUUACUACACUGCAUGCCAAGAACCUCUUGUUCUUGGGAGAAGAUCGAUUUCUCUCCACGUUGAUGCUUCGCACCUUCCCAAAGCGCCAAAUGAUGUUUCUCCCACAAGCCGUUUGCAAAACGGUGGUGCCUGAUACGUUUCAUGUCUUGCUAUCUCAAAGACGACGCUGGAUCAAUUCUACGAUUCAUAAUUUGAUGGAACUCGUCCUUGUAUCUGAUCUCUGUGGCAUUGCCUGUCUAUCCAUGCAGUUCGUAGUGUUCAUGGACCUGCUUGGCACGGCCAUCUUGCCAGCAGCGGUCGUCUUGGCAGUGUACGUGAUUGUUGUAUGCGCUAUGUCCAGUCAGCCUCAAAUACUGCCUAUUGCGGUACUGGUUGCUAUUUUGGGACUUCCCGCUAUUCUCAUCGUGGUCACAACGCGAAAAAUUUCUAUGUUUGGAUGGUUACUGAUAUACAUCUUAGCAUUGCCAGUAUGGAACUUCCUUCUGCCCAUCUAUGCAUUCUGGCAUUUUGAUGAUUUCACAUGGGGAGCCACUCGCCGAGUGCACGGAGACAAGGCCAAUGAAGGCCAUACGGAAGAUGACGGAGACUUUGAUAGCAGCCAAGUUAUUAUGCGCAAGUGGGAGGAGUGGGAAGCUCUUCGGUGGGGUCGCCGUAAGGGGCCGCUACGUAUGACGCUGAUUACUCCGUCUAACGCAUCGACCAUGGACGAAAGCAAGCGGCCCACUCCGGUUUCCCCCCUAAGUCCGACCUUUUUGGAUCGUCAAAAGUUCGGCUCAAGUAGUCCCGUGGCGAGUGUCCGCACAAGCAAUGAAAAGGACAGACGACGAAGAUCAGUACCAGUGUACAUGACACCUUCUCUCAAUCGAUCGAGAGAAUUUCGCCCUGCAACUAGUGCUCAUGGUGUGGACUUCCAAACCUACCGAAUGUCGGAGGACUUCAGUACAGCAAAGCAAGGCGCAUUGAAAAGUGAAGGCUACUUCGGACCGCAAUCCAUGGUGUCCUUACCUCCUCAAGACACGGAAUCUUCCAGUGUGACGGUUGGUUCUCACUCCAUGUACUCUAGAAGACCGUCGGAAGCAACCAAUGCUAGCGGAUUCGGAAGUGAAGGUGCGUCAAACGAAAAUGACCACUAUUCGGCAGAGGAAUGGACGUCAGAGGUAGCAUCGACGUUGCAGCAGGUAUUACAGCAACAUCGAUGAAGGAAUGAAUUUAUUCAGCAUUUAUUUAGAAUAAAAAUACAUCACCAUGGAUAUCAUUGUCAUGGCAACGUGUCUCUA